AUGCCGAGUUUUGAUCCACAGUUACCUGUGAAUCAUGCACAUUCUUUAGAGGGCAGGCCUGCCAACUCUUAUAUUGUUUCUGAUUUUGGGGUAUUUGAUCAAUCUUUUCCAUUUCGCUUAGCGAAUGCCAUUGAUCUGACUGCAAGCACAGUUUCCAAUCUAGUGAAAGGCAGUACCGGAAUUGCGUCUGUUGAUAAGGUAGAGUCUCAGAGGAGAUUGUUGGAGGAAGAAGGUCAACGAUCGAGCGAAGUUUCUGUGUCUAGUGUUAACACUGAGAAUUCAGCAGAAUCUGAAAUGGCGGAUACUAGUCCCCGGACAGACUCGGGGGAUGCUGACACAGAUGAGAAAAGUCAGAGGUUUGAUAGAGCCCUUUCGACAAACCUUGCCGCUUCUGAUUCCAGUGAUAGAUCAAAAGAUAAAAUGGAUCAAAAGACACUACGCAGACUUGCUCAAAAUCGAGAAGCUGCAAGAAAAAGCCGGCUUAGGAAGAAAGCAUAUGUGCAACAGCUGGAAAGUAGCCGCUUGAAGUUGACCCAAUUAGAACAGGAGCUUCAAAGAGCGCGUCAACAGGGGAUCUUUAUUUCAAGCUCAGGAGAUCAAGCUCAUUCAAUGGGUGGAAACGGGGCCAUGGCAUUUGACGUAGAGUAUGCACGAUGGCUGGAAGAGCAAAAUCGACAAAUAAAUGAGCUGCGAGCAGCAGUAAACUCUCAUGCUGGAGAUACAGAACUUCGCAUUAUCAUCGAUGGUAUAAUGGCUCACUAUGAUGAAAUUUUUAGGCUGAAGAGCAAUGCAGCCAAGGCUGAUGUUUUCCAUUUGCUGUCUGGCAUGUGGAAGACGCCUGCUGAGAGGUGUUUUCUGUGGCUUGGCGGGUUCCGUUCAUCUGAACUCCUAAAGCUGUUAGUGAAUCAAUUGGAGCCUUUGACAGAGCAACAGUUGGUAGGAAUUACCAACUUGCAGCAAUCUUCCCAACAGGCUGAAGACGCUUUAUCACAGGGGAUGGAGGCAUUGCAGCAAUCCCUGGCUGAAACAUUGUCCAGCGGUUCUCUAGGCUCCUCUGGUACAUCUGGAAAUGUGGCGAACUACAUGGGUCAGAUGGCCAUGGCCAUGGGAAAGCUUGGGACCCUCGAGGGGUUCAUUCGCCAGGCUGACAACUUACGGCAGCAGACGCUACAGCAGAUGCACAGAAUAUUAACAACCCGCCAGUCGGCCAGGGCACUGCUGGCCAUCCAUGAUUACUUUUCUCGAUUACGAGCUCUUAGUUCCCUUUGGCUUGCCAGACCAAGAGAAUAG